AUGACCCGAUUUGUGGCCUUCAGUCCGGGUAGCUUUGCUCCCCAAUGGACGAUCUUGCGAUGGAGGAGCCCCAAAGCCAGUGAAAACGGUGCUGUGAUGAUUCAGAUGGAUCUCAAGACUAUAUCGGCCUUCGUGUUCUUGGUUAAGCGCUUUGGGUUUUAUUGUCGUAAAGUACGAGCCUGUUGGGGCCGUUGCAACCUGGUUCUUUGCAUUCUCCAUGGACCUCAGACUCGCAACUUCUUCGAUCUGGCAUCGUCCAGAUUGGUGAACGGGAUUCUGUGGGAAGCCAUUGAAUUGGAUGAUGCCCUUCAUUGGCUGUCAACUCUAGGUGGAGCCUAUUCUAAUCUCGGUGAACAUUCCCAUUCCUUUGCCCUUCGAGCCGGUCAAAAUGCUUGGAACCAAAUGCGCAUUGCUCUUCGUUCCAUGGAUCCCAGCGUUAUUUUGAAGUGUUGGCUUUUUAUGGCCAUGAGUUUGAUGCAACUGCAACAACUCCGGCGAUCAAAACUCAUCAUUCGAAACGUACUUCAAUACAAUCGAGAUCGGGGACAGCUCGAAGAUCUAAGAGUCAAUAGCAUGUGCCAAGGGAUUUGGUCCAGACUGAAAUUUCAGUACCGGAUGCGAAACACCAAGAGAAAGGCUUCUAAGAGCCGUGAGAGUUUCUUAUAGCUUCAGGGACCAAAGUGGAACUGGAACUUGAAACUCUUUGGCAAGGGAAAACUUGGUCCUAAUUGGGAAUUGAGAGGUGCUCUCUGGAAGUCACAGACGUACGGACACACAUGUUCUAUCGUGAGUGAGCCAAUGAAUGAGUGAAGUGAUGUACUUCGUGAGCUGUCAGUGAUUAAUUAUAUUAACCAAGUGGCAUACCAACCAGGAUCCACGGACGGUGGAAGUCUAAUCGCUUCACCAUGACGAGUUUCAUGGAAAAGCAGCUCUCUUUAUAAUCGACAAAGGUUACCUCAUGAUUAAUAAAAUAUCAGACCAAA